CAAAGUAAUUUUUCAAUGGCAGUAUCGACGUUCAAAAGUAGCAUCGUGGGAAAUCAUGUCUUUUGAACCACGAACUUAUCCUCUCCGGCGACCCGACGGUCACCGACCACCCGUGCCGCGUUGGCACCUUGUUCUCGGGGAUGUGAAAAGCGUUGUCACAGCAUACAUAGGCGUGCAGCCUCAUUCCUGUGACAGCAGCACUGUUCAGGCCGUGGGAGAAGCAACCGCGGCGAUUGAGGCAUGGCUCACUGGAGACGAAGACAGCAGGCCUCUAGCAAGUGAGCGUUUCAAACAUCUGGAUGGCGAAGAUGCUCCGGAGGCAAGAAUCUGGGUCUGCUACUGGGAUGAUCCUGAACAGGGCAAAAUCGGGCUACAAAAGCUUGAUCUCGCUUCCAUAUUCGCCCAUCUGGUACCGGAGAAUCAACGUCGCAUCGGACUGUGGAGCGAAAGCUUUGCGACACCCAUAACUCGCCUUGAAACGAAUUAUUCCGGCCUCGACUACCUCCCGGGCCUGGCGAGAUUGCCAGGCGCGAGUACCCAAGAGCACACCCUCUCGGCAUACUGGGGUGCAGCUAGGGAUAGGAUUCCAUCAUCAGCUCACGAUCUGUUCAAAAAAGACGACGCAGCGGAGCGCACAACAGUUGAAGCUCAUCCCAAAGGACUGGGACAGCACCUGGUCGGGACCAACUACGACAACAUGGUACACAUUCGCUCCGGGCAGUUUUGGGAGAACUGUGGUAUAGAAGAGACGGAAUCCUAUGAGAAACACCUUGAACCAACACUGAAAACCGGUUUAACCUAUCUCUGGGAGAACCGAAAGGAUGGUGGCGCCAUGGGGCUGCGUUUUCUCGGCAAUACGGAUGCCAUGGGUCAUGUAAGAAAGGAGACUUGCGGCGCUGGGUUUUUUACCGACUUAAAUUCCCUGGAAGAAUGGUCAAGAAGGCACCGCUCUCAUCUUGCCAUCUAUCUCGGGGCUAUCAAGCACGCAAAGACUUUCGGGGAUUCACGGAAGUUCCGUACAUGGCAUGAGGUUUCUGUGCUGAAACGGGGAGAAGCUGCAUUUGAGUAUAUCAACUGCCUACCCACGACAGGCGUGGUCAGAUUUGUUCCGUUGGACGUGGUGUAUGACCUUUGUUGCUGAACAGAUGGGCGACUCCGGGAAAAUCCGUGUUCUGGGCCAAGUUCGAAAUAUAGAAUUUCCUACAUUCCUUGUAUUGCCUGAGUAUUUGUUUUACGCGUAUACGAAUAUUUUCUCCAUGCUGAGUGCAGCCAUGAAGAAUGGCAGCUGUACUGGAACCAAGCACUCGACAUGGACGCAGUCAUCAAUUCUGUAGUCUUUGCUCCCGACACUGGUUUUGACGAC